GGCAAAAAAGAUUUCGCGCGAAAACCGACCAACAGCUUGUUUGGAUGUCGAUCAGCUGGGACAAUAACAACAAAAACAGCCGAUUUACGGGGUUACCAGGACACUUUUACAGAAGGGCCGCGCCCAGUGGUGAGCGACCCGAGGAGCCUAGGCUGCUGGUUUGGAGAAUCAACGUGGAUUUUAGCUGUUUUAUUUCGCUUUAUUUUGCAUGUUUUGUCUGAGUGCUUCCUGCGUUCCCCAACAAAACGAGGGAAAUGAAGCUGUGCAGCUAAAGCUAACAUGCUAACUUACCCUAUAUAUUUAUUCGCCACUUAAUUCCUGUAUUUUCCACAGGACAGACGCUUGGUUUCUCCGAUAUACCGGUGGAAAUUAUUUCGGCUCAUUGCGAUGCGUUUCGGUUUGUAGAUAUUUCAUGUUGAUAAGCUAACUUCUGUAGGUUCCUCUAAAGUUUUCACAGGUAAAUAAAUGAGCUCUGUCUUCAGGGUGAAAUACAACAGCGUCGCUCUAAGGCGGUUACUAGCUAGCUUAGGUGCUGUCCGGCUCAUUUGGUGAACUUGUGGGAGUCUUUGUUGUUGGGCUAUAAGUUAGCUUGUUAGCUGGGCAGGACAGUGGCCAGGCCGCGGCCGAACUCUGCUGACAGGAGCCUCGAAAACAAAAGAUCCGCUUGCUCCUGUGCAAGCUCGCUCAUCACCAGCGUUUGUUACAUCCACCGUAACAUUUUAACAUCUUUUAAAUAACAUUUCUGCCUCUCAGUCUGGCGGCGUGGAACGUAUUAUGAAAUUAAGCAACGAUUUACAAUUGCCAAUUUUCCUGUUUGGCAGAACAUCCUGCGUUUUAGUUUCACCUCUGAUCUACAUUUGAUUUAGUAAGUCAGUAGUUAUAACUUAGAUUGAAGUUAUAAGAUCAACGAUUCCACGGUAAACAAAAGAGGAGCUCUUGAGGAAAUGACCCAAUUGUCAUUGAACUCCUUCAAACACACCCUGUAGAGACUUCACUUUUGCACCAUAGCAUUCACAGAACACUGCAAAUGCCAAUAGGUGCUGAUCAUCUUUUAAACUACGGCACUGCAGUGCGUGAUCCCUCAGCACAUCCACAGUCUAGUGAAGCAGACGAUGUCAGAAACUCUGAUAACAGGGCAGACAUCAGAGGAUCUGCUGGCAGAUUUUGAGACGUUGCUGAACUCUGGGAGUAUUGACUUUGGCGAGGACCAUCAGAUAGUGAUCAUCACCAGCCCCAGCAAUGAGGGACUCCACCCAGCCGCCGCCCCGACCAGCACAGGGGAGAUCCUGCUCUUUGCCACGCCGCAGGGCCCGGCUGAUGUUGGGGUCCAGGACAAGAGGCGACCAGUUCUGGGGAGACCUCCGGUGAAGAGGAAGUUGGACCUGGACAGUGACCAUCAGUAUGUUAGCACUACGCGACCAACCACAGGCCAAGUCCCACCCUCCACACCUGCUCCUCCUAGAGUCCCUCGAAACACGACGGAGAAGUCACGAUACGACACGUCCUUAAACUUGACCACCAAGCGCUUUCUGGAUCUGCUGUCGCACUCGGCCGAUGGCGUGGUGGAUCUGAACUGGGCCUCUCAGGUCCUGGAUGUCCAGAAGAGACGCAUCUAUGAUAUCACAAACGUCCUGGAGGGAAUCCAGCUCAUCUCCAAGAAGUCCAAGAACAACAUCCAGUGGCUUGGCAAUCGAGUUGAUGCCAGCCUGGUUUCCCGGAAUAAGGAGCUGCAGAGGGAGGUGUGCGACCUCACAGAGGCUGAGGAGCAAUUGGAUGAACUCAUUUCUAAAUGCACCCUGCAGCUCCGGCUGCUCACGGAUGAUCCACAGAACAAGAAGCUGGGUUACGUUCGCUGUCAGGACCUGAGGCAAUCAUUUGACUCCCCAGACCAGCUGGUUAUGGUGAUCAGAGCUCCUCCCGAAACCCAGAUGCAAGUCACAGAGCCCAGUGAGGGCUACCACGUGUCACUCAAGAGCACACAGGGUCCAAUAGACGUCUUCCUAUGUCCAGAGGACAGCUCAGGUGUGUGCAGCCCUGUGACAGGAGGCAGCCCCCCCUCCCACGUUCAGCCUCCCACACAAACUGCAGAGCAGCCACAGCCCCGAACCUGCACAGCAGCCCUGGAGGUGGGCUUAUCAUCUCCAGCAUCCACCUCAUCCACAGUAACAGCAGCCUCCCAGCAGGAGGCUUCACCACUGGUGUUGGGUGGUGACACAGAAUCGCUCCUGGGUGGAGAUCCAUUCUCCAGCCUGGGGGACAUCGGUGACUUUGAUCUGUCGCCCCUCUCGUCCUCAGACCUCCUAAACGGAGAAGGCCUUCCUCUCCCAUUGGACAGUUUCAUCAACCUGUCCCCUCCCCACAGCCAUGAUUACCACUUCGGGCUGGAGGACCACGAAGGAAUCAGCGAACUGUUUGAUUGUGACUUUGGCGACUUGUCACAUGUUUUGGGGGACGGUUAGAGAGAGAAGAAGAAGAGAGGAUGUGCACAAACUUAAAUCGUUAGGACUUUACCUUUUCCUCUGAAGGAGAGCUGUGAACCAACAUUUCACAGCUCAAUCUUAAUUUUUACUUUUUAGCUGUGGGCUCUGCGAAACUGUUGCGUAAUCUAAGCCCAAUUACAAAAUCUCAAAAUUGCCCUUAAUUGUACAUAAAAAUAUGAGCACUUCUCUGACUAUUUUUUUAAAUUUAGACCAGGAUUUCAGCUUUAGUAUAGCUAUUUAAAUUAUUUAUAAAGGUUUAUUUUGAUAUCUUGUAUAAAGUUGUUGGUUUUAGAUGUUGUGUUAUCUAAGUAGACAGUGCGACAGUAGGAUUGGUUCCCUCAGUACAGAAUCAAGACCAAGUUGUUUGGUGAGUUUGCAUCGCAGUGUUUUGCUGAAACUUCUUCAGUGGAAUGAGUUUUACCGGAGCGACCUGCUUUUCCAAAGCAUCGUGGCGUUGUCUUGGAGUUUCUCAAAGAAUGAGAAACCAUUUUCGUCUCCACCUAGGAGAAGUCUCUCCAAACACUGGAAUCCUGAAAAACUGGAUUAUGUCAUGUCCAUGCUGGUAUUUGAAACGCUCUUAGUGAAAAUACCCAGUAAGAUGAAUCGGUCUCCUUCACUGCAACCAUUUGACUGCAGUGAAAUUCAGCUAGCCCGUUUUUAGGACUAAUCUGAAGGAGAAACGACUGAUCUGUGUUUCGUCAGUGUUUGAGGGAACAAAGUGAUUACAGAUACAGACGAAUUUAUUGGCACCCCUGGGGACAAAUAAAGCUUCAAAAUAAAAGGAAUCUUUUAUUCAUGCAGCGUAAUCUCAACCGGAAAAGUUUAUGAAAACUUUAAUUUGUGUACAUUUAUCCAGUUGGGGGGGGGGGAUCACAUGAAAUAGUUGAUUUUAACAAAAUUACCGGUAGUGCGAUUGUCCUGAAGAAGCUUUCUCAAAGCUUCCAAAGUGGGUUGUGGAUCAUAUUGGCUGAAAUGAAGCGUUGCUGCAGGUGUUGCCUUUAGGAAAGAUUUGGUAGAUGUCUUACAUAGAUUUGUGAGAGGAAAGCAGAAACAAGGACAUUUUGUUAUUUUUCAAUAUAUGCACUUCAGCUUAGCUCAGAAACAUAUUGAUUAUGCCCCAAAUCAAUUACCUAUCAGGUAGUAGGUAGUCUGUUUUCUCCAUUCUUAUUUUCUGCUCUGGUUGCAUCGAACAGCAUCUUCAUAUUCGAUUACAAGGCUAUGUAGGCUUUCAGUUUAGAUCAGCAGUAAGAUAUUUUUCAUGUUGAUUACUUUGAUAUAUCAAAUUUUUUCCAUGCAUUGUUGUACAUAUAAAAUCUUUGUCUUAAGUUAUGCAAGCUAACUGUUUUAUUUUCAGUUUUUUUAUUUUAAUUUUUUUUGGCUUUCUCAAGCAUUGGAUGUGUGUGGGUGUUUGCGUUAUAUUUAUUUUUUGCUCUGGAAAAGGGUUUAAUGGGGAAAAAGGUACAGGUAAAUUUCAUUCAGUCUGUCCGGUAGGAACUUUGUUUUAAAAACCCUCAGUUGUGAAAUUUUUGUAAAUUCCAACUUAUUUUUGUGAAUAUUUAUAAUUUAAAUGUAUUUUUUCCCCACUCCUAAAUGGCAUACCAUACAUUUAUCUGCCACCUCAUUUUAUAGGUUAAUGAUGCCAAAACAAGGUGAAAAUAACUUUAGAAAUACAGAAAAUCAUUGGGUGAAGUUUAUUACUUCAUGCUUGAAUUGAAAAAUUGGUUUAGAUUAGAACAUAAGCAGUUUUUGUCACCUUUUUGGGCUUCAAACACCUGUUUUAAAGUGUAAAGUCUUUAUAACUAAUCUCUUGUUUUAUUUUAAGCUCUUAAAACCCACCCUUUAACACAUGUAACUAUUAAGAUUUUUUAUUUUUUAUUUCUUUUAUUGCGCCUUAAAAACUCAGAGGCAGCUGAGCUUUAGAGUUCGCGGAACCGCCCUUUUGUCUGAUUUGUGAUUGUGUUUUUGUUUGCCGCAGGAGUGAGGCAGUGCCUUGUUGAGGUAGAAUAGGUAAUGUUUUUGUGUUUGUCCUUAUGGUGAAAGAAUGCAUGGUGUGCAGGUGGUGUUGGACAAAGUAUGCACCUUCAGUUUAAUUUUAAUUAAUCGUGUUGUUAAAAUCCAGGGCUUGCAUAAUGUGUGAGCAUUUAAAUGGCUUAAAAAUAUAAAUAAUGGGUCAGGAAUGUGACAGGUUUUUCAUGCAAUAGGACCUUCAAUCUAAUUUUUAUAACACUAUGGUAAAAUUAGAAAUUCUUUCUGGGAUUCAAAAAAGGAUAAAAGCAGAACUAUUUUCAUCCCUUUUUUUAAGUCGUGGGGAAAUAAAUGUUGCUGUGUUCUAUUUUA